UGAGCGUUGCAUUUUUCCCCAUUCAAAACUAUACGAGUGACAUGUCUUGUGUAUUCUAUAGUCUUUGAGUUAGUUCAUGCUUAAAACAAAACAAAACAAAACAAAACAAAUAUCUUCCACUUUAAGAAUUUUUCUGUUGAAUUGAGUAAUGUGCUCACUCUUGACAUAAAACAGCUGCAGGAUGUGUUAACAAUAUCUGUAUUUACAAGCCACUAUAUAGAGAGUAAUCUAUUUACAAAUAAAGAGAAAAGAAAGCACCUCGUGGCUGAUGAUCAGAUGCAGCACAGAGAGCGAGACUGAGGUGAGAGAGUAGAUUGAGCUUCUGCUCUCACUCGAGAGAUGUGAGGAAAACCCUGCGGUUUCUUCAUCCAGCUGUUGCUGAGAGCUGCUUCUUCCUUCAGCCUGAAAACAUCUGGAGAAAUAAAGCUGGAAUCGUGUGCUUUAAUUUGUCUGAACGCACUGGGCUUUAGAGGACCUGAAUGAGAGCAGCCGGUGCUCAAAAUCAAUGAAUCAUCAGAGGGAUUUUCUAGCUGAUGAAGAUGAACUUUGGGACAGUUGUGAUCUCUGUGGGUCUGUGCGGGCUGCUCAGCUUCAUCCUGCUCGCCGUGUCCAUCGGCACUGAAUACUGGUACAUUAUAGAUGUAGAUGAAGGGAAGAACUCCAGCCUGGAGUACAGCAGCUCUCACUCCGGACUCUGGAGGAUAUAUGAAGGACAGAACGGCAGUUAUCACGACAUCUCGUUCUACACAGACUCGUCCGACCACACCGAGCAGGAGAAGCACCUUUUGAACUUGCACAGGGUCAUCGUGGUCCUGUUGCCUCUCAGUCUGGUGCUGCUGGUCUUUGGUGGGAUCUUCGUCUGGUGGCGUGAGUCCCAUUAACAGCAACACAGCAUUCAUUGGCCAUCUACACACAUCAGCUGAAAUGAAGUGAGCUCUCAGCGGUGCUAACGCUGGAGUUUGUGUUAUUGUGUAGAGGUCAGUGAGAGAUGCAUUCAGUGGCUCAGACAAUGUCACACGUGGAUAUAAAACACAAUGGGAAUGAAAGAAAACAGAAAAUGUCAGGCGCUCCAGCUGAGAGUGCAGCUGUUGGGUGAACUGGUCACACACAGUCAGGGGUUUUAAUAGAUAUGGAAGUUUUUCGCUCAAUAAUACAUAUCCACAAAGCCUGCAGUAAUGAAUAGCAAAAAUAUUGAACAGAUUUAUUUGAUGUGUUUCAUCUGUUUAGGGGAUUUAUUUUCUAAUCUUGAGCCAAAUUAUGUUCUAGGCACAUAUAAAUAGCAGUGUAUACACAUUAUAAUGUUAAACGUAUUCAUACCAAAA